GACCACCACCUCCUCCACCGCCACCUCCUGCUCCUGAGGGAUAUAUCUGGAGGUUCAGUAGCUGAGUGAGGAAGGGACUGGAGGAGCAGAACAACAACAAGGCAGGAUCACAAAGAAGAAAGUAAAGAGUUGUAGGAGAUGAAGCUGUGUGAGAAGAAGAUGACGUUGGCGACCAUGACAGAAAACAUAGAGAUGGCGCUGUUCUCUUCAGAGGAGCUGUGCAUGGUGAUACUAACACAGGAGCAGCAGGAGCAGCAGGAGGAGCAGGAGCAGCAGGAGGAGCAGGGAUACAACUUCCAAAUGAGACGCCUGGAGCAUCCUCUGGACCCCAACUGGAAACCAGCGCCUGAGAUCCAGCCCGAGGUCCAGCCCUGGCAGCAGGCCAAUCCCAAAUCUGAGGCCCCUUCCAGGGAGGAGGCUGAGCCCGGCAGCCCGGUCCCUGCAGCCUGCAUGGAGGAGAUCGAGAUAGAAAUGGAGGUGUUACUUCCCUUCAAAGUGUUUCAGUCUGUGAAGCUGUUGCCAAACAAAGUGCGACGUGUGAAAUGGAGGCGACUGGUUCCACAGCGGUGUGGACUGGUGGUCAAAGACGUGGUGUGUCUACCCAGCGACCUCGGCCUGGCUCAGCUGGAGAGACCUAUCGUUCCACAAGGCAAAGAAAGGGCAGCACUGGCUGCAAUGGGAAUGGUCGCUCGCAUUACCAUCGACUACGGUUGGUCGGCUAAUCAGAUGGAGAGUCGGCUGGCGAUGCUCUUCAAGGGGAAGUUUGAGAGACAAAGGUUUAACUUCAUGUAUCUACAGUGUUUGCAGGGAUCCAGGGCGCUGUUCGUCCCUGACACCCCCGCAGACGGCUGGACGGGGGAGCAGGUGCUCAGGAUUGCUGGACAUGGACCUUUGUAUGUCUUCCACCAGCUGGACGAGCCCCAGGCGGAAUGUGAGACGUCUGCAAAGGAGAUGCUUGUGGUGAACAGGAAGGAGUUUUGUCGUGAAGCCAACACAGAGAGCCGCCAUGGUGGAGACAAUCAGCCGGGAGAACAGAUGCAGCCUCUUGUGUCCAGGACCACGGACGAGAUCCCACUCGACCUGGACACUGUCCUGAGACUGUUCCGCCAGAAGAACAUGAAUCCAGAUGUAGAGACCCACAUCCAGGUGAGGAGGAGUGAGCUGCUCUGCGGAGCUGAGGAGGUGGUGAUGAGUCCACGUUUCAGUUUCCGGACGACACCCAUCAUCUCCUUCAGUGGCGAGGAGACCCAGGACCACGAGGAGCCGCUCAGAGAGUUCUUCAGGUUGACUCUUCUGGAGCUGCUGCAAAGUUCUGUCUUCGAAGGUCGUCCAGGACGCCUGUACUUGACCUAUGACCUUGCAGCUCUUGAAGACAGGAAGUAUUACCAGGCGGGCGUUCUGAUUGGCUGGUCUCUGGCUCAUGGCGGGCCAGGACCACGUUGUCUCCACCCUGCACUUUACCAGUGGAUGUGUGGCCUCAAUCCAUCCAUGGAGGACUUCAGUUCGGAGGACAUUGCUGACGCUAAAGUGCAGGAUCGAUUGCAACAGUUGCAGUGUUGUACUGAUGUGAAGCUGCUGUCUCCCAGUCUGUGUGACUGGGUGUCGAGCUGCGGAAUCCCUGGGAUCUAUUCGGCCAGCUCCAAUCAAAUACCAGCCAUCUAUAUGGGCAUGGUCAAACACUGCAUAUACAACAGAGUGGCCAGUAUGAUCUCCCAGUUCACCGAGGGGAUGAACAGCUGUGGUGGAUUGUGGAACACGGUACAGUCCCACUGGGAGGCAUUUGUCCCAGUGAUGACGAGCACACCGCAGGAGCCUCUGACCCUGGAGGAGUUCAAGCAGCUCUUCCACUUCUGCUACAGCCACGAAGGUUCCCCGCUGAGGGCGUCUGAGGAGGCCACAGUGGGAUACUGGGAAACGGUGCUCACCUUCAUAAGCAAUGAUCAGGCAGAGUUUUCCUUUGAGGACGUCCUGGCCUUCAUCACAGGAGCUGAUCACCUGCCUCCUCUUGGGUUCCCUAGGUUGAUCUCUCUGCUUUUCUACUCCCAGGAUGGUCUCCCCCACGCCUCCACCAGUGCUCUGGAGCUCUUCCUGCCGAGGGCCGUGGCGGGAGCUGUGGAUCUGCUGGUGCUGCUGAGCAGAGCCGUGCACGAGGCCCUGGGCUUCACAGGUCUCCAGAGAGACGGAUAGGACAUGUGCACGGAACUGAUGACAGGUUUAGGAACUGGAAGCCCUCCUGAAAACUUUGGGUCCUGCUGAGAACUGACUUAGUGGCGCUCAGAGGAUUCUGCCAGACAUUAACGAUGAGACUUCGAAGAGAGUUGCAUCACGGUGAGGAGGUUUAAGUGCUGGUCUGUGAACAGUUAGUAGCUUUUGACACUUUCACUCUUGCAACCUGAGGACAAAGCUGAGCCCAGUUUUUGUUUAAAGAUUCAUUCAUUCAGAGUCGGGUGUAUGAGAGCGGCACACACUCAUUUAUUUUGUGUAAUGGAAACAAUUCAAUUGUGGCCUUAAGGUAUGUAUAUGAUAGAUGAGGCUGGAUGAAUUGUGUCGUAUUGUACGAUACAUGCACAACUAUAGUCGUCACAAAUUGAUUCCACACGAUACGUUUUCUUUUAAACUUUUAAUAGUUAUUCAAAAAACAAUCCUUAAUUCCUGUAUUUCCAGUUUGUACAUAUUUUCAUACAGAUAUCUGUGACGUCUAAACAGAGCAGCUAUUAUUUGUAAUUUCAUACACUGAGCAUUGUUAGAUAAUCAACAUUUUACCUCUUUUAUAU